AUGGGGGCCAGCAUGUGGGCAGCUCUGGGACUCUCCCUGACCGGCAUCUCAGCCCUUAGCCUCGUCUCCCCGGCCUGGUUCCAGACUCCCACCUUCUCCUUUGGCGUCCUCACCUACUGCUCCUGGCCUCAGGGUGACAGCUGGAACCAGAGCUGUGGGACCUUCGGGUCCCUGGAUGACAUUCCUGACUUCGCCUGGAAGGCCUCAGCCGCGCUUCUCCUCGGAGGCUGGCUCCUCCUGGCCUUUAAUGCAAUUCUCCUCCUGGCCUGGGCCCUGGCCCCCACAGAGCUGCUGCGCCCAAGGAGGUGCAGCGGCAAAACGCCGGGGGUGCAGGCAGCUGCAGUAACUGCCACCAUUGUGGGCCUGCUGGUUUUCCCCAUCAGCCUGGCCUCCCCAUUUGCCAAGGAAGCCUGUGGAACCUCCUCCGUGUACCGCAGUGGACAGUGCCGGCUGGGCUGGGGCUACGUGACCGCCAUCCUCAGCACAGUCCUGGCCAGCCUGCUGCCCAUGAUCCGGUGGCCACGCAGCGUGACCCAGGUACAGGGCAGGACCAUCCGCUUCUCCAGCAACACUGGGAAAAUCAUCGUGAUGCCAGAAGCAAGCAAAUAAAA